AUGUGGAAACGUUCACCUAGAUCGGAGGACUCUGGGAACGACUCAACUCACCAUCUAUCUGAGCUGGGUUUCCUAGGUCGAUCCAAAAAGUCCAAAAAACCGUCCUCUCGUUCCCCUCUCCGUUCAUUGCGUUCAUUCACCCGAGGUGUAAUAGACCGACCUAGCAGCAGUGUUUCCAACCAGACCGAUAUCACCCGGCCAAGAGCACCCUCGACGGUAUCUGGAUCGUAUCAUUCUGCUUACCCUGAACCCGCUGGUCAACCUGCGCAUUCAAAUCGCUCACGAGCAUCAUUUAAUUCAAGAUCGGGACGAACCAUCGGCCCAAUGGAGGUAGAUCGCACCCACACACGGAGGGAAAGGACGUUUGUAGGGAGCGAAUGUGCGGUUUGCGAGGAGCCCUUGGAACAUACCUUACGUGGCGAGCGAGUCCUGCAGCUUGCGUGCUCCCAUGUCUCGCACGAGGCCUGUUUCUAUGAAUUUUUGCGGGAAUGCGAUGGACAAUACUGCCCGACCUGCAAUGCGCCCUUGGCCUUGGACACAAGUCGCGGUGGAAAUGUCCUGGAUAUCGAGAAAAUCAGUAACAUCGUUCGUUCAGUGACGUCGCAUGAUGCCGCUACAGUACGCAGUGGCUUGUCAACAUCUACUCCCUGGGAGCAGAUCUCGAGUCGACGACCACCGAGUGAUUCCGGCAGCCGCUACACCUCGGGGACCCGAGAGCAACCACCUUACACCCCUUCAACAAGGGAGGCAUCUUACAACCCUUCAGCAAAAGAACCAUCUUACAACCCCUCGAGAGAUCCAUCUUACAAUCGGCGGGAUAGCCGUGAUACCAGCAGCCAUCGUGAGCGCGUAGAGCGAUUGACGGUGGGCUCCAACCCUCGUCAACCCCACUCCCGGAACGGCAGCGCGGCUGGUUCAUCGGGUGAAUACAAUGAAGGCCAGCACACUAGCACUGGGCGACGCCAUGAUUACGAUGUCCAAGCUAUGGAAUCAGACCUCAGUCCUCGCCCCGGAGUCGCCAAGAAUCCCAUUCCCGCGCCGAUGGUCACCGUUCGAAGCGAGUUUCCGACUAUGAAUCGAUCCCGCCAACAGCAGACCCUCACAUGUCUUAUUACUGUCGAGGUGCCUGAUUCCAAUUGGCGUCCCGAUUUGGAUGAUCUACGACACACGCCUUCGGGACAGUCGCAGCCGGAUGGGCCAUACGCGGGACGAUUUGGUGGUGGACAAGAUGCUCGAUCGAUUCAGUAUGAGCCAACGGAGAAUCUGGAAGAAGUGGCCGAGGAAUUGCGCAACAGGGUUGAUAACUGGCAUGGCCUUGAGUUCCAACGGUUUGGCAAGCUGCGUCUCCACGGACAUAUGCGCGUGGGCAAGGAUCGGGAUUCCUGGCAGGAGUUGGAAUGCUAUCUCUUCGGAGAGAUGUUGAUCUGUGUCAAGGAAAAAAAAUCGGCCGACCCGAACCAAUUCGACGCGACUGGGCGACGCAAGCCUGCUCGUUGCAGCCUCAAGGGGUCGAUCUUGAUAAAAAAGCAUUUAAAGUCUAUCGAGGCGUCGCCAGAUGAACCGAUUCUUUCCUUGAACCUUUCUGUUACCGAGCUGCCCUGUUUCUAUCUUCACUUCCGGAACCGCAACCAGCUUGAUACGUGGCGUCGGUCUUUGAUCGAUCUGCACCCAGAGGCCAUUUCACGUCAAAAUGACUACGAUUACGACAACUCGGGGGCGGAGGAGGAUGACUACCGUGGUAGCCGUGGAAUUCAACGACAGGCUUCUGUCAAUUCAUCGUACGGUGCAGGGAAAUCUAUCAAUACCGCCAUUACCGACUACACCAACCCCGAUGCAGAAUUCCCUUCCAUCAACACAGUUCAUAUCCCUCUCGAUCUUGUCGUGGUCAUUCCAGUAUCCUCAUCUAUGCAAGGGUUGAAGAUUACUCUCCUGCGCGAUGCCCUCAAAUUCCUUGUGCACAAUCUGGGCCCUCGGGACCGGAUGGGCCUGGUGACUUUUGGCUCAAGUGGUGGAGGUGUGCCCCUGGUGGGUAUGACCACCAAGUCCUGGGCCGGAUGGUCCAAGAUCCUCGAAUCGAUCCGGCCAGUUGGCCAAAAGAGUCUCCGUGCGGACGUGGUUGAAGGUGCCAAUGUCGCUAUGGAUCUUCUGAUGCAGCGUAAAUUUAACAACCCUGUCUCCACAAUCCUUCUAAUCAGUGACUCCUCGAUCUCCGACCCUGAAAGCGUGGAUUUCGUGGUCUCCCGCGCGGAGGCUGCCAAGGUCAGCAUCCACUCGUUUGGACUUGGAUUGACCCACAAGCCCGAUACCAUGAUCGAGUUAUCUACCCGUACUAAAGGGUCUUACUCCUAUGUGAAGGAUUGGAUGAUGUUGCGAGAAUGUGUCGCUGGAUGCCUGGGCGCGCUGCAGACAACCUCUCACCAAAACGUCAAGUUGAAGCUUCGCCUACCUGAAGGAUCGCCCGCCAAGUUUGUCAAGAUCAGCGGCGCUCUUCACACCACAAAGCGUGCAACUGGCAAAGAUGCCGAAGCCGCACUGGGCGAUCUCCGAUUCGGUGACAAGCGCGACGUGCUGGUUCAACUUGUCAUCCAACCCGACAAUGCUACGCAGGACAACAUGCCGCAAGAUCCGUGGGAGAGCCUGGUCUCCGGAUUGGAGGCUCUCGGCGGCGGCUCUGAUGGUGACGAAUCACGAGUCUUGAGUGUUGAGGAGGUUCCAUUGAUCCAGGCUGAUCUAACUUACGGCGACCUGCUCCGUGAUGGCCAUCUCACCCACUCUCCCCGCCCUUCACUCCUAGCCAUUACCAUGCUGCCAAUUAACCCUCGGGCCAAGGGCCAGCGAUCCUCGACCCCUCCAAUUCCUCCUCACCCCUCGAUCGUGCAGCGCCGCAUGGAGCUACUCACUUCUGACAUGCUGACCCGUGCUCUCACCUUGGUUUCUCGAGGUCAGCAUGAUCGCGCGAUGCAUCUCCUCAACGAAACCCGCAGCAUCCUCAAAGGCCUGGGCAAGGGUGGCCUACCACCUUUGCCUCCGGGUGCCUCUCGGUCCGACAGCGAUGCCGACAGCCGUGGUGACACCCCAGUCUCGGCCUCCUCUCCUAAAUCAUCUACCUUUGGUGGAACACAUUCAUCCGCAUCCGACACCAAUACCAUCACACCGCCCUCUGCGGUUGAUGCUCAGACGAUGCUUGCCCUGAAUGCAGAUCUGGAAGCGGCCCUGGAGUGGAUCAACCAUCCGGCAGUCUUUGGGCGGGAUUCACGCAAGGCGGUGCUACAAAGCAUUGGCGUAAUCUCCUCGCAGCGCGCCUACACUUUCCGCACUCCUUCCGAAGCCCAUUGGGCUCAACGUGUCUCCGGUGUGCGUCGGUUGACGGAACGAUCCCAAGACUGGCGUGAGACUGGCGACGAUGCUUUGACCGAGGAGUAG